GCUUUGGAUGACCAGAUGAUAAGGUGGUCUCGCCUGCCUAAUGCAGUUUCUAUGGCGAAGCAAUAUCCGAUGUUACACCAAUCGAUCACGUCCCAUAAUAAUAGAACAGGGGGGAGCAGACAUGACGAUCAGAUAGCCCAGCUUUACUUCGACUUCACGAAUGACUUUGCCGACACGGCCACUUUUUUAUGCAGUGCCGCUCCUUCAAACUUCAUCUGCAUCAUCGAUUCAACGAUUCGGAAUCAUACCAACAAUGCGAUUGACAGUCCACGAUCAAAAAUGUUGAUGUAGUCUUGCUCAACCCCUUCUGCCUCUUUGAAGAGACCCCCCAGAUGGACUACCAUUCAGAAUCCCAUCAGCGAGUUAUCAACGCAGCGUCAAGAUGCGCUUAAUCAAAGCUUCAUCCAUACACAGCGGCAACCUUCAACUCGUCGACUUCAACCCCGAUCAACUUCCCCGCUACGCAAUCCUCUCACACACCUGGGGGAACAACGAAGUCAUCUACGCCGACAUCAGAGACCAAAAUGCCGCCACCAAGCCCGCCUUCCAAAAAGUCCGCUACAGCUGCAUCCAGACCCUGGCAGACGGCCUCGAUCAUGUCUGGAUCGACUCGUGCUGCAUCGACAAGAGCAGCAGCGCGGAACUCUCCGAGGCCAUCAACUCCAUGUACGAGUGGUACAUGAAGUCGGAAGUCUGCUACACCUACCUUUCGGGCGUCCCCUCCACCGUGGAUCCAGUCAAGACGGACGGCGCGUUCGCCUCGUGCCGAUGGUUCACGCGCGGUUGGACGCUGCAGGAACUCCUCGCCCCGGCCGAAAUGGUCUUCUUCUCCGAGGACUGGGUCAAAGUCGGGGAGAAGACGACGCUCAGCAGGCCUCUAUCCGUCAUCACAGGCAUAGACGAAGACAUCCUCACGGGCCUCAAACCCCUCGAAUCAGCAAGCCUCGCCAAGCGCAUGUCCUGGGCCGCGCACCGGCAAACAACGAGACCCGAAGAUGUGGCCUACUGCCUAAUGGGCCUCUUCGGCGUCAACAUGCCCAUGCUCUACGGCGAAGGCGAGCGCGCCUUCCUCCGCCUCCAAGAGGAAAUCAUGAAGCAGUCCGACGACCAGUCCCUCUUCGCCUGGGUUGAUCUAUCGGCUUCAACCGAGACCUACCACAGCCUCCUCGCCAAAUCACCCGCCAACUUCGCCUACUCCAACUCCAUCAUGCCCUACCAGGACUGGGAGCCGCGACCGCCGUACUUCAUGAGCAACCGCGGCCUGCGCAUCGACCUACCCCUGACGCUCCGCGGCGAGGACAUCUUCGUCGCGGCGCUGGACUGUCCCGCGCCGCCAGACUACGAGGAUUCUACGUUUUUAGCAAUCUACCUCAAAAAGAUUUCGAGCGGCGGGGACCAGCAAUUCGCGCGCGUGCAGGUGAACCAAUUCGCCAAGGUCCAGGAGCGAGGCAACAGGCAGACGCUCUACGUGCGGCAAACGUUCAACGGCGUCGCCGACGCGGAGGGUGUGUUCCCGCAGCACAUUAUCCAGCUCCGAAAGGGUCCGCCGCGGGACCAGUACUCCGUGCUGAAUCUCGUGCACUCCAAGGAGGCUGACCGAGGGGACCGGCCGGCGGCGUGUACGUCGAGCAGGGGUUUUGGGAGGGACUUGAUCCACACGGCGACGGGGAAGACGAUUGCUUUCCGUAACCCGAAGGCAGCGGGCCAGCUUGCCGGGGCCGUCACAUUUGCGCGAACGGACGGGUCCCGGCUGCUCAUCAUGUUCGGGUCCACGGACGGUAUCCGAGCCGGGUUCCACGCCCGCGAGCUACCGCCUCGGUUCCCGGGCAUGAAGGACCAGAGCGAAACCCAGAAGCAGACAAACAAAAACCCCUCAAACGCAAAGGAGAACCAAAGAGAACCGCCGGAAGCGACCUUUUCCUUUGACGACUUGCAAAACAUGUUCCGCCCGAUCCCGGCGGGCGUCGACGUCGAGUUGGAGCGGUUCCGGGUGCGCGUCGACGUGGAGACGGUGAUUGCGAACGCGAGCAAGUAUCUCAUGGUGGACGUGCUCAUCGAGCCCGUCAACCGGCCGUGGGACCCGUUUGAGCCGCUGGACGCGGCUCUCGGGUGGUAUGAGGGGGCGACGGGGCGGCAGAAUCGGGGGCAGGCUGCUGCUGCUCAAGCGGCGGUGGGGUCGCAAGCGGCGGCUCCGAUUAGUAGAGACGGUGGGAAAACGAAGAGGGCUUCUUCUGGGUGGAGGAGGUUGAUUUCGUGAGUUCGUGUUUGGAUUCGAUGGGAUUAGGCACUUUGCGAUGGGCUAGUAGGGUAUAAGAGAGUAUAUGAGGAAGGGCAAAAGGACACAUGAAUCGAGGGAGAUACCACUUGGGAGAGGGAUUUAUAUCGGCGUUUAUACCUUGGGACCAAACAUGUAGGUAGAUUAGAGUAUAACUUAUCCGUACAUAGGUCAACAUUCACAUUUAGAUGUCAAGA